AUGGAAAAGUCUGGACAUCGUCAAGAUGUUCAGGUAGUCCGUGGAAUCGCUAUAAUUUCAGUUGUAGCAUUUCACUUUUAUCCAAAAAUUUUUCCAAAUGGAUACCUUGGCGUUGAUCAAUUUUUUGUAAUAUCCGGUUAUUUAAUGUGUAUGCUUCUCAAAAGAGUUGAGAACCGCUCAUGGUAUAUAUUAAUUGGAAGUUUCUAUUAUCGAAGAAUGAAACGAAUUGUUCCUUUAUAUUUUCUAACAAUACUUCUAGUUUUAAUGGGAUUACAUUGGCAGUUGACAUGGUCCGGAAUGGAUUCAAAUAUACGGUCUGCCAAAAAAGCGUUAAUGUUCAUAUCCAACGAGCCUGGUCUCGCAGAAUUGACCGAUUAUUUCAAUAAGCUCUCUUCUGCCCGCGACUUCUUCACACACACAUGGUCGCUUUCUGUUGAAGUACAAUUUUAUACCAUGGUACCAAUUUUGUUCCUGCUCACCAGAUGCGUUUCUCCUAAAUUUACACUACUCAUAUUUUCUACAUCUGGCGUUCUCUCGUUUUUUUAUCACUUACUAGCUUCAAAUCCUGAAGAAGCCUUUAAAAGUGUGCUUGCUAGAGUAUGGCAAUUUGUACUUGGGAUGAUAGUGUAUUUGAAAGUUUCUGAGAGACAGAGAAACCAGAAAGUGUCCGAAGAUGAGGUAGCACUUCUGGAGUUUAUGAGAAAUGAAGAAAAAAAAGAAUGCUAUUAUCAUCGAGCAGUCAAUGAUAAUAUCAAUGUUGUGCUAUUGGCAACAAUUGCAAUAACUUCGUACUCUAUACAGUUGAAUCCUUUAUUUGCAAGAGUUACUACAACCUGCUUCACAGCCCUCUUCAUUUAUUGCUGUCCUGAAAACGAGCCUCCAUUCCACAAAGUUUUCCACUUUUUUGGAGAUAUCUCUUUUGCUUUAUACUUGAUACAUUGGCCGUUCUACGCUUACUGGAAAAUGAUUGGUGCCGGCAGUUCGAUGAUUCUUGCACUAACUUUGGUUGCAGCCGUAUUUAUAGCUACUAUUGCUCAUUUGUCGUUUGAAAAGUGGUCAUUAAAACUUGGAUGGAGAAGUGUAUUUUUCCUCGUGAUAGUUCUAGCCGCGUUUAACUUCACGGCGGUAUACAAAGAAGAGAUUGAAAUGCACUUUAAAGUCUCAACCACUUCUUCCGAGUAUGUUUUUUUUUUUAAUUUAGUUUAUAUACUACUAUUUUUAAUUUUAAGAUCGUUCCAAGUUUUCAACCAAUACCUCAAUGCUACAUUCACAAGUUUUGAUCAAGUAGAUGCUCAAAAUCGGCUAUGGCAGAAAAACGAUUUUGUACAAUUGGAAAUUCCCGGAAGCAAAUCUUGGGUGGGAAUACAUAACCGUAUUAAUCUUCCCCCAGGCGGAACCUCAAAAUUCAUGAUAGUCGGAAGCUCCACAGCAGCCAAUUUAGCACCGCUAAUUCAAGACGAAUGUGGUUUCAAAGCCAAAAGUAUCGUUCAGUUCACUUUUCCAGCAUGCGAACCUAUCUAUCCAACAGAACAGUCUCAUUGUAUCAAAAAAUUGGACGAAUUUCACAAAGCGGUUGCUAUCGAAAAACCCGACUACCUUUUCCUAGGUGGUCGCUUUCUGAAUAUGGGAAAUCGAUUAGCUGCAAACCUAACAAAUCUUGAAUAUGACCAAGUGCUCGCGGUGGCUCGAGAUCGAUUGCAAAAAUACAUGGAGAGUGUGUCGCAGAAAAUCGUUUUGAUUCAUGCUUUUCCCAGACCAAGUAUUCCGAAUUUGGAAAAGCUGGCACAAUUGUUCCGAGAGAAAAAGACGCCAUUAGAAAUUGAUGUAAUUGACGUUCUAAUUUUUUCAAUGAUUAGAAAAAAUCAAAAACUGUUUCAGAAGUUGGUGAUCGAACCGAUUGAAAAUGGAUACCUAAUCGCCAGAGAGCGCUACGACGCUCUCCUUAAGGGAUGUGGACACAGAUGUGAUUUUAUAGACUAUACAACAUUUCUACGGGAUAACACCACUAACUCUGUUCGCUAUUUUAAUGACAUUGGAUUGUCCUAUUUCACGUUGGGACUUCAUCUAUCACCACUGGCGCUUGAACUCGCCCGCCCUACUAUGGCAGAACUUUGUAAAAGACUGUGA